UGGUCCUUUGUACAUCUCCAUCUCUCAGAGUGGGGUGCGCAAAAUAGCGAGCGAUGGCGGAAAACCUGAGGAGGCUGGUCUCGAACGAAUCUUUACGGGUGUUGCAGGAAAAGCUCAACGCCUGGAUGAGGGAUUACAACAAUAACACAUGUGAUGACAACCUAAAUUAUUGCCUUGAGCUCAUUGAACAAGUUGCCAAAGUGCAGGGACAACUUUUUGGGAUCCUCACGACAGCAGCCCAAGAAGGAGGACAUAAUGAGGGUGUGGAAACCAUCAAGUUGCGUCUUUUGCCUUGGCUGGAGGCUUCUUUUACUUCUGCUUCUGUGGGAAAACCUAUUGACAGCAAGGUCCCCUCGCUACAGGACACAUUUGAUAGGGAGAGACAAAAAGACAGUAAUUUUCGGGAUGAAGACCUAUUAGACAGUGACGUGAACUCAACUCGUAACCAGCUCAACAAGGUUCAAGACGAUCUGGCUGCAAGUGGAAAGACUCUUGAAGAAACCAAGAACAGUUCAACUAUAUCCCUCUUGGCUGCAGAGGAGGAAAUAAAUCAGCUAAAAAAGCAGCUUAAAUCCCUUCAAGCCCAGGAGGAGGCCCGCCACAGAAACUCAGAGCCAAGGCGCACAGAUCAGUACAGAUCCCAGAAGCAGAGUUCCAGCAAGCAGCAUGCAUCUGAGCUCAGAGCAGAGCAGCGGAGCUCGGACCAGAGGAGCUCUGAUUAUGAGAAAAACCUCCAAAACCUGAAGGAUGAGAUAGCUAUCCUGUCUGCUGAAAAAUCUGGUCAUCAAGGAAGGUCAACCAGGAGCCGAUCUCCAACCCCUGCCCGUCGGAGCCGAAGCCACAGCCGCGGCCGCAGCCACAGUCGCGGGCACAGCCACAGCCACAGUCGCAGCCGCAGCCGGGGCCGCAGCGGGGGCCGCAGUGGAGGCCGCAGCGACAGCCGUAGUCACAGCCGUAGCCACAGUCGCAGUCACAGUCGUAGUCACAGUCGCGGGCGCAGCCGCAGCCGGUCUGCCAGCCCCACCUCGGCGCUCGCCAAGAUCAGAAGUCCGUCCCCGAACCUCGCUAAGCUGUCUAGCGUGGCGCGCAAGGCUGCGCUCCUGUCCCGGUUCAGCGACGCCUACUCCCAGGCCCGCCUGGACGCGCAAGGCUUGCUGCGGCGCUGCAUCGACAAAGCCGAGACCGUGCAGCGAAUCAUCUACAUCGCCACUGUGGAGGCGUUUCAUGUGGCUAAAAUGGCAUUCAGACAUUUCAAGAUCAGGGUGAGGAAGUCAUUGACACCAUCCUACGUGGGGUCGAGUGACUUUGAGAAUGCUGUCUUGGAAUAUAUCAUUUGUCAUCUUGAUCUCUACGAUUCCCAAAGUAGUGUUAAUGAUGUGAUCCGAGCCAUGAACGUCAACCCCAAGAUCUCAUUCCCUCCUGAAGUUGACUUUUGCCUCCUCAGUAACUUCAUCCGGGAGAUUUGCUGCAUCGCCUUUGCAAUGCAGUCCUUAGAUCCACCCCUUGACAUUGCAUUCGGGGCUGAUGGAGAAGUCUUCAAUGAUUUCAAGUACCGCCGAAGCUAUGACUCUGAUUUCACAGCUCCCUUGGUCUUUUAUCACGUGUGGCCUGCUCUCAUGGAGAAUGACUGUGUCAUUAUGAAGGGAGAAGCUGUCACCAAGAGAGGCGCUUUUUGGAAUUCAAUGCGAUCUGUAACUCGUUGUCGAAGCAGGAGUUUAAGUCCUAUCUACCCUCGUAGCCACAUUGGUUUAAGCACGAUAUCUCGAAGUCGAAGUCCUUCUCCCAUAAGAUGUACAUUGCCAAGGUAUUAAAACCACCAGAUAUGUUCCUUCACCAUAGUCCAUGGUAACAGCUGACCUCUCCAGUGCUUCCAUCUGCCUGUCUUGUCUGCCUCCAACUUCACUUAACAUGAUGUGAAAAGGCAAUUCUGUGUCUCACUCCACACAGAGAGUUAAAUGUUUUGGCUUAACUCGUUUGUAACUUUAGAUACAUUGCAUUUUAUUUUAUUUUAUUUCAUAGGUACAAAUUCCAUCAAUUUCAUAAAAACAAUUGUAUAGGUAUUUAGGAUCACAUUCAUUUGAAGCAAAGUCCUGAAACAAAGGUUUUCAGGAUUUCCAUUUUGAAAUAGUAGGUUCUUUGAUAGCAACUAUAGGAACAAAAGUGGAAAGUGGAAAGUCUGUAUCAUAGCCAGUCCAAAAGGAAGGACAGGUCAUUUUAGUUCACAGAUUGAUCAUAAAUGUUCUAAUGUUGGUAUCAGCUUUUAACCUGAAACCAAAAUUUGGUGUUUUAAUUACCUUUUAAGUUUGAAAGACAGCUCCAAUCUCUUGUUGGGAAGCUUAUCCUAGUAGCAGUAACUUCAGACUAAAAAUAGAUAAUUUGGGAGAGAGCAUUAUUAGUUGGCUUGCUUCUUUGUUCCUACUUUGAGAGUUUGGUUUAGUGGAGUACCAAAUGUCAGAGCUACUUAGUGGAGAGGAUUUUCUUUCUUUGUAAAUUCAGAGCAGUGAUUUGAUUGGAGGUCAGCUUUGAGAUCAAUGUUAAUCACCUCGUGUUUAUCUCCUAGGAAUGUUUCUAACUGUUUUAAUGCAUGUGUUAAAUAUAAAAGGUACCUGACCUGGCCUUUUUUCCUGCUCUACGUAGUUGUUUGCAAAUCCAGACAUCCUACAAACUCCAUCUGACUAAAACACCUAAACCUAAGGCCUAAA